UUCUCAAAGCAGAACUUACUUAGGAAAUCCCCAUUGCGUCACAAAGGCUUUAAGUACUCCAACACUGCAGCAACUAUCAAAGAAAAGACACUGACAACAGGACUCUUGUUGACUGGACACAAAGACACCAUGGCGGAGCAGAUCAUGUUUACUCAGGAUAACCGGGACCGGAUCCACGCUGUGGAGAACUCAUUUGGGCCGAAGGGGAAGCCCUUGUCCAAGCUGGGUCGGGUUCUGAUCGGGGAGGGCCGGCUGAUGAAGCUGAGCCGCCGGGGGCCACAACCUAAAGUCUUCUUCCUCUUCAACGAUGUGCUGGUGUACGGCAGCAUCAUUCUGAACGGCCGUUGGCACAAGAAACAGAAGAUCAUUCCUCUAGAGGAAAUCCAGCUGGAGGACUUGGAGGACAGCGUGACAAUGAGGAACCAAUGGUUGAUCCGCACACCAUGCAAGUCCUUCUACGUGGCAGCCCCCUCCUACGAGGAGAAGCGAGCCUGGAUGGAACACAUCGAGGACUGGCGGUCCAGGCUGCUGCAGUGCGGUGGCUGCAGGCCCGGCUCCACCUUUGCCGUCACCUGGAUCCCCGACCGUGCCUCUGCGUUCUGCAUGCGCUGCUCCAACAAGUUCACCGUGGCACAGCGGCGACACCACUGCCGGAAAUGCGGCUUCGUGGUCUGCGGUGCAUGCUCCAAGAUGCGAGCACUAAUCCAACACAUUCACCCGACUAAGUGGUUGAGGGUCUGCACCACGUGUCACUCGAGUCUUUCUGGUAUGCACGGAAAAACCCCAGAGAUGUCUCGACAGUUGGGAACCAGCACAGAGAAGAUCGGCUCGGAUGGAGACGAAGUGGAGGGAUCCAUGGAGGGAUCCAGUGAGGAAGAGGAGGCAGAGGAGCAGAUGGAGGACCAUGUCCCCAGCAGGUGGAUGGAGACCCUGAUGGACUCCUGGUCCCCAUAUGUUCGCAACAAGCCAGACCAUCUGAGGCCCCAAACAUAAAGCACACCAAGAGUGUUGCAGCCACACAGAAAACACCUGGCGUUGGAUUGUUCUUUAACAUGAACACUGAUCCAGCUUUGUGCAGUCGGUCAUGACAUAAAGACAAUAAUGUGUUAUUGUUAAACUAUUUUGUACAUACUGUAUUUAUUGAUGUUAAUGUGGUCAGAGGAUAUGGAGAAGAACACUGGAGCUAGUCUUCAGUCUGCCUUAGUCUGACUAGAUUUUAAU